CUACACAGGAAAAACCGCUUUGCUUGAAUAUUCAGUGAUUAAUCCCAAUUACUCAUAAUUGUUUCAAAUAUGUUACGGGAAACACGAAUUGUUUUGUUGUUUGCAAUGGUAUUGGGUCGAAAACAGUUUUUAUUGAAAAAGUGUUGUCCGGAGAACUUUCAUGUGAAAACUACAUGUGUUAUAAAUACUAUUGAGAAUAAGAAUUUCUCUGAUGUACCAGUGUACAAUGUUAACGAAGACAACUCGGAUUUUCAAGUUAAACAGAAAUUUAACAGUAUGUUUCGUGUGGUUGCUAAUGCGUCUAUUACUCCUGGAAAAGAAAUAACUAAUGCUCAAUUGUAUGUUAAUGGCUUAAUAAUUACGGACAAUGACGUCAAAAAGCCAUCAAGCUUUUGUCUAGACUAUAAAGAAAAUGGCAACUCUACUGAAAUUGGCUUUUGGUUAAUAAAUAAUGGAACACAACAUCAAGAGAAGCCAGUAAAAGAUUUAGAACAAUCCUACAUAUCUAUUACUGCAUUAUUGACAUCAUGUGUGUUUCUCUCAUUGACAAUUCUGGUAUAUGUUUUUCUACCAAAGUUACGAAAUCUGAAGGGCAAAAUCCUUUUAUCGUGUGUUAUCAGUCUUCUUGGUGCAUUUCUAGCAUUGGCGACCAUGCAAAUAGUGGAUAUAAGUGGUGCUACAGUACCACCGAGCUUUUGCUACAGUUUUUUUUCUUUUUUUUAUUUUUUCAUCCUGUCGAGUUUCUGUUGGAUGAAUGCUUUAUCUUUCAUGAUGUGGCGAGAUUAUCGGCGCAUGUUCGAUCGAAUGCCGAGAGCUAACAAUCGAGAGAUUGAAAAUAAACGCUAUAAGAAUUAUAUUGUCUAUGCUUGGGGAGUGCCUAUGAUUUUAACGAUUCUACUAAAUGUGUUAGAUCACGCAGGACUAGAGCGUUUUUCGUGGUUCAUGGUACCAAAUAUUAAAAAACAUGGAUGCUUUUUACUUGGAUAUGAAAGGCUACUUUACCUCGAUUUGCCUAGGCUGUUAUUGUUAAUAGGAAAUUGGUAUUUCUUUAUUAUAACGGCAUAUAAUAUAUGGGGAACGUUCAACGACACUAAAAUUCUAAACGAGUCUGCAUUGUCUUUAAAAAAACUGUUAUUAGUGUACGUAAAACUUUCUGUUCUGAUGGGAAUUUCGUGGGUGUUAGAAAUUGUCGCGCACCUCUUGCCGCCUUCACAUCUACAUCCAGUUUGGAUCGUGGUUGAUUUAUACAACGGGUUCAUUGGCGUCGGCUUCUUCAUGGUGCUCGUAUGCAAAAAGAAAAUAUGGAAUUCACUCCGACUAAGAUGGCAACACAAAGGCGCUUAUAAUACUGGUUAUUACUCGACUAGAUCUAAAUCAUCAACAUUACAACAAUCUCAAUAAAAAUUACGGAAGAUCUAGAUUAAAUUUUUUUAAAUUAUAAACUACUUAUGAGAGUGUGUAGAAGUAUGUUUUAGAAGUAGGACAUUGCUUGCCCGCUCCUAAGGAUAUCGAUUACAUUUCAGAUGGAUUAAAAAAUUAAAUUUCGAUUAACUUAAAUCUUUUAUAUAUAACUAAUAUAUUUUUCUUUAAAGAAACUUUAAAAUAACAGCAGCACUUCGAACUUCACUACUCCAAUAGAAGAAAACGAUACAGCUUACAUUCAUAAGUACUACAAUCUGCAAAUACGGCGCCGUAAAAACACAUUUCUCCGCAUUUUAUUAAUUAUUAUCGUUUUAGUCUUUGAUAUUGACACUCUCUCUUUAAUUAAACUGCCUGUAAUAACUUUCUCGAUUAUUUUUUUUCCAAAUUUUGGAAUCAAAUAUAGCCUAUGAUUGACAAUCAACCAAUGUAGAAUAGAAUACUACUAUUUUAUUAUUUUUAGAAGACACUUGCAUUUUUUAAAUACAUCUCUUUUAAUAAUAAGUGUGUUUUGAGUUUGUGUUAAAUGUGUAUUCCGUGUUUAGCUAAUAUGUAUUGUACGACUAUUAAUGUUAAACGUAUAAGUGAUCACUGAGUUUCAAAACAUGUCCUCUAAAUUAAACGCCAUGUGCAACGGAACUUCCAAAUUAGUAGUCAAUCGUUAAAAUAAUGUAGCGGUGUAUAUGUUAAUAAUUAAGUAAUAAUAAUUAUUAUAAUUUACAUGUAUCGACGAAAUAUUGUUUCAAUAAAACUUAAAUUUAUUAUAUUUCUAUAGGUAGUCUUUUAAAAUUUUUUCUUAUGCUAGUUUAUGCUACGCUAUGUUUAUUCCACUAUAAUAUUUAUUUUUGUUGAGCAUACAAUUUAGUGGAGAGUAGUAACUAUCUCUGUAUUUACUAUAUUAAUUUACUCUUUGGUCUGCCAUCUGUGGAGGAAUUACCACAGCCGAAACCGCUAGUUUAUAUUAUAGAAGUAACUUUGCAUUUGGAAGAUUAUAUUAUAUGAUUAAUAUAAUAUACAUUUUGACGUGAACCAUUAUAGAUUUUCCUCUUUAUUCAUAAAAAUGAUAGACAAAGAGCCAUGAAGAGCCAGGAACAGAACUUGUUCCUGGCUCAUAUGUGUGUAUUUUAAACCGCAAGUUUACAUAAAUUAAAAUCCUUGUGAUAUCUAAGUU